GGAGGGGAACCGGCAGCCGCGGCUGCUGGGGCCGGCGGGGUCGGUAGUCGUCAUGGAGUACCCGUGGGAUGAUUUGACUCUGGCCUUCUCCCGCACGUCCAUGUUUCCCUUUUUUGACAUCGCCCACUACCUGGUGUCUGUGAUGGCGCUGAAGCAGCGACCAGGAGCAGUGGCAGCGGCAUGGAAUAACCCCCUGUCCAGCUGGUUCAGUGCUAUGCUCCAUUGCUUUGGUGGAGGAAUUUUAUCCUGUAUACUGCUUGCAGAGCCUCCGUUGAAGUUUCUUACAAACCACACUAAUAUUUUACUGGCGUCUUCAAUCUGGUAUAUUGUAUUCUUUUGCCCACGUGACCUAGUUUCCCAGGGCUAUUCAUAUCAACCUAUUCAGCUCCUGGCGGCAGGAAUGAAGGAAGUGACCAGAACGUGGAAAAUAGUAGGCGGAGUCACACAUGCUAAUAGCUAUUAUAGAAAUGGCUGGAUAGUCAUGAUAGCUGUUGGAUGGGCCCGAGGUAAACGAUUAACAUCUGUGUUCAUACGUGUUGUGUUCUUUAUACUUAAAAUGUUAUUUCCUUUCAGCCCUUGCAAGGUAACCCUGCUGGGGGCCAUUAUGUUCACUUUCCAGCACACCAGGCAUCUGGCAAUAUCAAAGCAUGAUCUCAUGUUCCUUUACACCAUCUUCCUCGUGACCAUAAAGGUAACCAUGAUGAUGACAAAGGACACUGCCGUGACUCUCACUCCCUUUGAGGACACCCUGACUAGGAUGCUGUUUGGCCGGCAGCAGCCACAGUUUUCAUUGAGUGAGAAGAAAGCUGAAGUCAAACCGUCUUCCAAUGGUUCUGCCUCAACAGCAACCAAGCGGGCCACAGAGCCUCCAGGUGGUGCUAAGAGACACACCAAGAAAGAAGACUGAGGAUUGUCCCUGAGCUUUGGAGGCAAAAAGAAAGAGUUACUGAUCUCUCAGAGUGUGGUGUAGUCCUGUGUGAAUGACGUGAAAUAAGGGGUAUCUGUAGGGAUGGAGGAGACAAAAGGAGGAAGUGCUUUGUUUCAGGGACAUCGCUCGCUCUGCUGAUUGUAACUCUUGGGGUCACGAGUGUAUCAUGUGAAUUUAUUUUUCUGGUGUAAGAGAUUCUCAUAAUUAUUUGAAUAGUUUUAUAUUGAUAAAAGAAUAAUUUUUUAAAUGUUAGAAAAAGUUCACUUGUUACUGCAAAAUUCUAAGAAUUUAACACAAAAAAUUCAGUAUUUUUUUUUUACUUUUUGAAUGACUAUAAUUGUGUUUUAAUUCUGCAGAAUUAAACUUUUACUUCAUAUUUCCAGCCUAAUUCCUGUAUAUAAAAGACAAUUCCUAUUUAAUUUUGAACACAGAAAACUUUUCCUAAAUACUUUCUAAUCUAAAAUAAAUUGAUAGUGUAUAUUUGGUGUAUACAUUUAUUUUAUAUAUCCUGCACACAUUAAAAAUACCUGAAAUUUAAUUUAUUUUAGUUUCAAGUAUCAUUUUUCAUUGAGGCCACAAUAUUAAUAUGAGUCUCAGUUUGAACUUUGUUUCAUGUGUUUGUUUUAAAAACUACUUUUUCCUUAGAAAAGCAGGGUAACAAUUUGUGUAUAUCUUUUUCUUUUUGCAACAGCGGUCUCACUCUGUAGUCCAGGCUGGCCGCAGACCUUCUCCUACCUCAGCUUCCCAAGUGCUGGGAUCAUGGGCACGGGCCACCAUGGCAGACUAGGGGUGCAGUUUUGAUUGUUAAUAAUCCUGUGUUUGGAACCUGGGUUGUUUUCUCUCUGUCCUUACCCCAUUUCAACAGCUGGAGAGAUCCUUCACAUGUCCUAUGUUGCUCCUGACUCAGUUGGUCUGAAUAGGCUGGUAGCAUGUCUGUGACUCAACAAAAAGUACCGUCAUGACUAAAAAUGUGUCCUGUAUCUCUUUUCCGGUGAUCAUUGCUUCAUGAGUUUAUUUGACUGUCUCUUGUGAGUUCACAUUUGGGUAUCUCUGCUUAAUAGACAUGUGUGUAUAUUUCUAGUUUUAUCUGAAAUGAAAGUGUUUUCCUGUGAAAAUGCUCAGCUCUCAUGAGGACUGUCUUCCCACAUCUGAUGUGAACCACAAAACCUAACCUCACGUGGUAGACUACUUGAAUGAAGUAAUACAAUAUUAAAUCUGCCAUUUCAUUGACAAAAUAAAAGCAAACAAGCAAACAUAACUAA